AUGUUGGGAAGCGGGGAGGGGGGGGGGGGGGUGGAGUCCUCUCUCCUGCUUUCCCAUUAUAUACCAUUUCUCUCUCCUCUCUCUGACAGCACAAGUUAUUUUUCAAAUCAGACAUCUUGGAAUGACUGCAAAGAACCCAAAAAUAUAGCCCUGUGGAACAUCACCCUGUUCUCUAUCCUCCUUGGUUUGGGGUGCUUGGAAUUCCUCCUGUGUGCCAUCCAAAUCGUCAGUGCCCUGUUUGGUGUGAUCUGUGGCGAUUGCAGGAAGAAAGGAAAGGUAGAGAAAAAUCAGUAUCUAUUAGAUGAUACGGCACUAAAUGGCAUCAGAAUCUACUGCGAGAGGAAAGACAGCACUUCUGGUAAUAACCCAAGACAAUCAGCAGAUGGAAGCUGGGGAGAAUGGAAGCCCAUCCGUUGGUGUCUACGGGGUUUUAUAGUGGCAUUUACUCUAAGAGUUGAAGAACACAAAACUGUGGGUGAUAAAACAGCGGUGAACAACAUCAAUGUUAUGUGUUCGAAAGGAGAGUAUUUGGAAGGAGAAGGGCUGAUUUGGGGUUCUUAUGGUGCAUGGAGUAAUCGUUGUGACAAUGGAAUCUGCGGGAUACAAACCAAGGUUCAAGAAAAACAAGGUCUUUUAGGCGAUGACACAGCUCUGAAUGACGUCCGCUUUUUAUGUUGCUAACGUGAAAAGAUUCAGUGCCAUUCUUCCCAACAGGGUCUUUGAUGGUUUUUGGGAUAUCUGAUUUCUAAGGUAACUUGGCACAUCCGCUGAAUAUUGGGAAACGUGUUUAGUGGCAGUGGUAGGAAAUGUAAAUCUUCACACAAAUCGCACCUUAAAUCUACACAGUAUCGAAUCUGAGCUUUAUCUGAAAAAGGGCAGGCUAAAUUUAAAGGAACACAUCGGAACUGACACACUGCUAGUCAGUGUAACUGGACUAUAUGAAUGUUUGCUUAGACCAUAAUUCUCUCCUAUACACAAUUUAAAAUUUCUAAAAGUUAUCCAAUUUAUCAAUCUUGUAAAAUUGAUAAGCUCCAGUAAUAUCUAGCGUUAAAAUCUUGCAGAUACUUAGAAGGGCUGCAUUAAAAUCAAUUGUCUUAUCGUGACAUCUAA